GUCAUGCCUCUCCCGGUAGCACCUUACUGCUGGGUAUGAAGAGGUUGUCUGUGCUGCUGGUGGACUGCAGGAAAACAACAGGGCUGAGUGGAACUGUGAGAGGAGGAGAUGAGAUGAAAGGAUCAGAUUUGACUCAUCAAAGAGAAAGACCAGACUCAGAGGAACCAGAGCCAGGGACGUCCAAACCAGCAAGACGACACCAGUGCUCCCACUGUGGAAAGACUUGGAAACAGAAAGCACACCUGAAAGCUCAUGAGAGAAUACACACAGGGGAGAAGCCUUACCACUGCUCCCAGUGUGGACAGUGUUUCAACCAGAAAGCACACCUGAAACAACACGAGAUAAUACACACAGGGGAGAAGCCUUACCACUGCUCCCAGUGUGGACAGUGUUUCAACCAGAAAGCACACCUGAUACACCACAAGAGACUACACACAGGGGAGAAGCCUUACCACUGCUCCCAAUGUGGAAAGUGUUUCAACCAGAGAGUACACCUGAAACGGCAUGAGAGAAUACACACAGGGGAGUUGCCUUACCAUUGCUCCCAGUGUGGAAAGGGUUUCAACCAGUCACGGGAGCUGAAGCAGCAUGAGAGAAUACACACAGGAGAGAAACCUUACCACUGCUCCCAGUGUGCAAAGAGUUUUACACGGUUAGAAGGCCUGAAAAUACAUGAGAGAAUACACACAGGGGAGAAGCCUUACCACUGCUCCCAGUGUGGCAUGUGUUUCAACCACGCAGGGACGCUGAAGCGACAUAAGAGAAUACAUACAGGGGAGAAGCCUUACCACUGCUCCCAGUGUGGAAAGGCUUUCAACCAGUCACAGGAGCUGAAGCAGCAUGAAAGAGUACAUACAGGAGAGAAGCCUUACCACUGCUCCCAAUGUGGAAAGGGUUGUAACCGGUUAUGGGACCUGAUACACCACGAGAGACUACACACAGGGGAGAAGCCUUACCACUGCUCCCAAUGUGGAAAGUGUUUUAACCAGAGAGGACACCUGAAACGGCAUGAGAGAAUACACACAGGGGAGUUGCCUUACCACUGCUCCCAGUGUGGAAAGUGUUUCAUCCAGUCAGGGGAGCUGAAACAACAUGAGAGAAUACACACUGGGCAGAAGCCUUACCACUCCUCCCAGGGUGCAAUGCUUUUGCCCAUUUAGGAAGCCUGAAAUGACACAUUAGACUGCACACAGAGGAGAAGGCUUAGAAAAGCUCAGACUGUGGGAAAACAUAUUACUCAUAACAGUCAUUUAAACGUCAUUAGAGAAUCCACACAGGAGAGAGAAAUUACUUCUCUCAAUUUGUAUAUUGACAUUUCACAUCACAUUGACUUAAAAUUCAUCAGAGAACAUACACAGUGCUCCCGUUGUCUUAUAUUGUUGACUGACCAUGUGUUUACCUGUCUUUACUAGAUGAAAUCAAAUGGUACAGGGUGUACUCAAACAUAUAUUUGUUUGUUUUUAUUAGAAAACAUGAAUUGAAUAUGGAGUCUGUCAGUUUGAAUAUAAAGAAGAUCAGGUUCCUUCUUUUAAAUUGUCCUUUUUUAAAACUCUUUGUGUGUUUAUCUGGGUGUCAUUCCUCCAGCACUACAGAUAAUCAAGUGAUAUUUGGAUGUGAUGCAUUAGUUCCAUUGUUGACAUUUGCAUUGUUGGCCCACUGAUGAUUUAAUGAAAUGAAAAUGUUCAGACUCUGUAAUGGAAAAUGUUAAUUGUUUGUGUGUCCACAUAACUGAGUAUGUGACUAACCUUGUGAAACUGUCCUAUUAUAAGCUCCUGUUCUUGGGAGGAUCAUCCUGUGUUGCAGACCAGCUGCACCUGUGUCCUUGUAUGAAUAAAGUCCCUCCCAGGAACAGGAAACUAUAAAGAUAUGUGCUCAUCACUCAAUGCUUCAGGAAUUCAGACUGUCUACACUGCACUGUGUAACUCUGUUAUUCUCUCUGAGCUCAGAAAUAAAGAAUC